UCACCGGAAGUUGGUUCAUUCAAAACAAAAUGGCGAGCGGAGUGGGAAAGCACAAAUUGUUAGCAGUGGGUCCGACAGAGCCAUGGUCUGUACGAGAGAAGCUGUGCUUGGCAUCCUCUGUCAUGAGGAGCGGAGACCAGAACUGGGUGUCUGUCAGCAGAGCCAUCAAGCCUUUUUCAGAACCAGGAAGACCACCUGACUGGUUCUCCCAGAAGCACUGUGCCUCCCAGUAUUCCGAGCUGCUGGAGACGACAGAGGCUCCAAAGCGGAAACGCGGGGAGAAAGGAGAGGUGGUGGAGACGGUGGAAGACGUGAUCGUGCGUCGGUUGACAGCGGAGAGGAUCGAGGAGCUGAAAAGACUCCUGAAGGACACGCAGGAGAGAUACAGGAAGCUGAAGAAAGAAGCAGAGAUGAUCCAGGCUGGACAUCUGGAUGCCAAGCUUGACGAGCUCUGGGGCGAGAUUGUUCAGAAGAGGAAACAGGAUGAGGAAGAGGCUGAGCUAAAGAGGAAGGCCACAGAUGCUGCUUAUCAGGUCCGGCAGGCAGCGAAGAUCACCCCUAAGCGAGCCCCCAGUUUGACAGUGCGCUCCCCGGGUGUAGAGUGUCCACCAGCGGACCCGGUCCAGCCCAUCCCCGAAGAAGCCAGCAGCGCACCUAGUUGCCCUGGGGCAGCUGUCUUUGCGCCACUACCGGAGGUAGCGGGGCAGGGAAACACGGAGGCCACUCUGGGGGGUAUACCGGAAGACUCCCCACAGAAGAAACUCAUCCCUCAGAAGGCCACACCCCCACCCUCCCCUCUGCUGUCAGAGCUCCUGAAGAAGGGCAGCCUACUCUCUGCCAGCGCCCGCCUGGUAGCAGAAGGAGAAGCAGCCCAGGGUCUGGGUAACGGAGCGCAGAGGUCCGAUCCUCAGUUUGUAGCGUCCAUCGUGCCGGUGCCACAAGCCUCAGCCGGUGCUCCCAUGCUGUCCCAUCUGCUGGAGGUGGGUCCUCCCCCCCACUCCCCUGCUGUCACCCCAGACCUGGUGCCUGUCACAGAAGUCCCUGGCGCUGGCCCUUCUGUCACAGAGACUCCCACACCUGAAAACCCCGCUGUGCUCGACUCAGUGUGCACAGGAGUGAACGGGGCCAUGGAGGUGGGGGUCCCUGAGAGUCCCUUGCAAGAAGAGAAGGUGGAGAUCGCUGAGGAGGAUCUGGUGGCUGUCUCCUACAUGGGGGAGGAGUUGGACCUGGAGACAGUGGGGGACAUCAUUGCCAUUAUCGAGGAGAAGGUGGACGACUCCUCAGAGGUGCUUGACGACGCUGCGGUUGAGGCAGCCCUCUGCCUGUGUGAAGAGGCUGGUGGGGGCCACACGCUGUCGGGCCCCUGGGAGCCAGGGGCCUUCAAGCCAAUCGAGUCGACCCACAGCACUCCCCAGAGCCCUGUCGUCUCGGCUACAGAGCCCUCGCCGGUAUACAGGGGUGUAGAGGCAGAGCCAGAAGCCGAGUCGGGGCUCUUGGAGGACGUGCCAAUGGAAGACUCCAUGCCUGAUUCCCCGCCUCACCCUGCGCUGGUGUCCGCGCCCCCCUCCCCGCCCGCUAACCGUGAGUGCACACAGAGCCAGGUCUCCGCUAGUGGGCAGGACAUGGACCGGGGGGCCCAGCCCGAGGAGCAGGAGGCCGAACCUGUGGCCGAGGAGGAUGGGGGGCGGGAGCAGGCCACCCCGAGCCCUUCUAUUAAGUGUGAGGCUGAGGAGUGGCCUGCGGCAGAGGGCCCCUACAUAGGUGCGUAUCAGCAAGACCAAAACGGUUGUCUUCAAGACCCCCCUCUGCUGUCGCCGGUUUAUUUUUGUGUUUUAUGUCUCUCAGGGUGUGACGACAGCUCAGGGUCUGGCAAGGAGUGCAAGCAGGAGGUGAAGGAGGAGGAGGCUGGCAGCGACGGCGAGGAGGGCAGUGUGUCGGAGCUGAAGGAGCGCGGCGAGCAUGAUGGGGACGGCGAGGGGGCCUACCUGUCAGAGCUGGAGCCCGCUGCCAGCGAGAGCGAGGACGGGUACAGCCUGAACGCCUCCUCGCUGCACCGCUACACCACGGCCGAUUCGGUGCCCAGUAGCCCCGCCUCUUCCCAGUUCUCCGUGUGCAGUGAGGACCAGGAGGCCCUGCAGGCACAGAAGAUCUGGAAGAAGGCCAUCAUGCUAGUGUGGAGGGCGGCGGCCAAUCACAGAUACGCCAGCGUGUUCCUGCAGCCCGUGUCCGAUGACAUCGCUCCUGGAUACCAUAGCAUCGUGCACAGGCCCAUGGACCUAUCGGUGAUCAAGAAGAACAUCGAGGCGGGGCUCAUACGCACCACGGCCGAGUUCCAGCGCGACAUCAUGCUGAUGUUCCAGAACGCCGUCAUGUACAACAGCUCCGACCACGACGUCUACCACAUGGCGCUGGAGAUGCAGCGCGACGUGCUGGAGCAGAUCCAGCAGUUCCUGGCCACACAGCUCAUCAUGCAGACGUCCGAAUCGGGCAUCAGCGCCAAGAGCCUGCGGGGGCGCGAGGCGGCAAGGCGGCAGGACUCCUCCGACAAGGACAGUGUCCCCAUGGCCUCUCCUGCUUUCCUUCUCUCUCUCUUUGACGGAGGCACCAGGGGGCGCCGCUGUGCUAUUGAAGCUGACCUCAAGAUGAAGAAAUGAGGGGUGCAGCUUGCUCUAAGGCUACAAGUGGAACAUAGAGAGAUGAUUGGCCAAACUGACCUACCAAAAUCGCAAAUACAAGCUUUGUCUAUGGUAGCUUUUAUUUAUAGCGCUCUUUUGCCAUUUUUCUGAAUGUACCGUUGUAUCUUUGGAUAAAGAAGGAAUGUGACAUAAUCUAGGAGUGAAAAUGCAGUUUGUGGAGUCCUGUUGUUUUCCCUUCAGGUUAGGUGCAGUGUGACAUUGUGUAAGCAUAUUUGUACAGAGCUGUGUAUAUAGUUUUUAAAUGUAUACGGUUUAAUAAUAAAAAAAAAAAAGCAGACUGCCUUUUGUU